UUUUUAAGUUGUUCUUUCUUCUUCUUCUUCAUAAGUUCACUCUCUCACAAUCAUGUUCCUGUAACGGACCAUGCUCUUUCACUUACCUUACCUCACAACAUCUCCUUCUUCUUCAUCACUUCAUCUUCCUUGUUCUACUUUGAAUUUUGCUAACUUUCUUCAAACCUCCUGAGAUCUGUUUUUGUUUUCCACCGUCUCUUGAUCAUCUGAUUUGAUCGGAAUUCAAAAUGGGUAAAACCGCCGGAAACAGAGAUUGGACUCAGAUCUACGCUAUUUACGGAAUCGAACAAUGGCAGACACUCGUCUUCCUCCUCUUCCAUGCUUUCUUCUUCUCCCUUCUCUCUCUUCUCUUCCUUAUCUACUUCGACCAGAUUUGCUUCUUCCUCGAUUCUUUUUUCCUCUCCGGCGCCGCCAGGUUAGCCGCUGGUUUCACUGGCGCUGUCACUGCUCUCUCCGCCGUCUGUCUCCUCUUCGCCGCCGCUAACUUCGUAUACUCCGAUGUUCCGUUACAGUACGAGAUGGCUCAACGCAUGGUUAGCUCCGUCGGUGACUGGUCUUGUGUCAAAACUGCUCUCGAUCUCGGAUGUGGCCGUGGUAUCCUCCUCAAUGCCGUCGCUACGCAGCUUAAGAAAACCGGUAGCUCCGGUCGGGUCGUCGGGUUAGACCGCUCUAAACGCACUACUCUCUCAACUCUCCGCACCGCUAAACUCGAAGGUGUGCAAGAGUAUGUGACUUGCCGUGAAGGAGAUGUGAAGACGUUACCAUUUGGGGACAAUUACUUCGACGUAGUGGUGUCUUCGGUGUUCGUACACACGGUGGGGAAAGAACACGGUCAGAAAUCGGUGGAAGCGGCGGCGGAGAGGAUGAGAGUGCUCGGAGAGAUAGUUAGAGUUGUGAAGCCGGGAGGUUUGUGCGUGGUUUGGGAUCUCUUACACGUGCCGGAGUACGUGCGGCGUUUACAGGAGCUGAAGAUGGAAGAUAUCCGAGUAUCCGAGCGAGUCACGGCGUUUAUGGCCGGAAGCCACAUCGUGUCGUUCAGGAAACCCAGUGAGCUCGUCGCCGGACCCCGUGAAGUCCGCCUCGAUUGGAGAUGAUUACGUGGCGUUCAAAACGGCAGCGUCGUGUGUCGGUUCGUUAUAUAGAAAACGGCACGUAGUCCAAGUCUGGAGGUUCGAAACCAUAAUUGUGAAAUAUUAAUUACGAAUCUACUACACUAGAAAAAACUAAAAUGUACGUGGCGUCUGGGGAGGCGAAGCGGAACCAGAUGCUUUCAUCAAGAGGCAAAAACGCUGAUGUGUAUGGUUAUGCGUCUUUUUUUACUGUUGCGUUUUCAAACGCUGGUAAAAAACUAACGUCGUGUAGAGAAGUAGCCAAAAACAAACUUCUAAAACUGUGUGUGAAGAUAAGAAAAAGUGGAGCUUGUUGAGUUAUUUUCAAGAAUGUCGUCUAUGUAGAUUUUUUUUUCGUCGGGCAUUAAAAUGACCUGUCAUUGUCACUUCACGUCAAUGUGAUAUCUGUCCCCUUUUAUUAUUUUAAUCUACUUGGGCCACCCAUAUUUGGGCCAAGCCUUAAAGCU